AUGACGAGGGACGAUGGCGUCGGUCGCAUCAGCUCUAUCGCGAGCUCCAGCAGUGGGCAGUCUGCUGGAACCGUGAGAGCCAGUACGCCUGGACGUUCAGCCUCUGUAUCCCACGCCACCAGAAAGGCGACGCCCAAACCUCUGCGCGCGACAAAUGACAAUGGAAAGCACAGGCCGUAUCCCUUCAAAGAAGAGUCUCAAAACUCGCCGAUUACGAAUGCACGCGGAUCCAUACUGUCUCCUGCCUCCACGACGUCCUCUGGAAGUUCGCUGCUCUAUGACACUCGACGGAUGAGCGACCUCGCCAACUACCGGCGCGACCUGGCCGUCCUCGAGCCAUCCGGCGGCCGGAUUCCGCAAAUACAAAAAGAUCCUCCCUCUGCCGGGCCGACGGGCCAAAUCGCUCCAUGGAUGAUGUCGGGAAACGGCAGCGGGAACCAGAAUGCGCCUUCGGGCUCGUUUGGCACGACCUUUUUCGAUGACUCGAGCGACGCCGUCUCGGUCGCGUCACAGCUCUCGCCAGGCUUUAGGCACAAUCCAUCGCGAAUUGUGGAGACGCCGGGGAGCAGUGAUUCAGCUGCAUAUUUCAACGAUGAAAGACGUCCCUCUGUUGCCAGCGUCACCACUGCAAGUAGCCAGGGAUCAAAGCACAGCAAUAAUAGAGGUGGAUUAAACUUGAAGAAACUGCAGGGCUUCUUUGGCGAGGACUUCCCCGGGCGCGAUGGGUCCGAAACGAGCUUGCCAGCGGGCGGGCCAGGGAAAGAGCAGCGCUCCUACUCAUUUAAUCGGCCCACUAGGGAGAGGAACUAUUCAAAUGCUACCGACCACACCCGCGAAGCCUCCCCGGCGUCAUCACGUCCAAGGACCCCAGUCCCCUCGAGUGAUGUAGUUCCAUUCCUUUACCAAGAAGCUGAUGAUAUUGCCAAGUACGGCGAAGCUCCUGUUCGCGAUAUGCUUGCCGGCCCAGACAAAGAGCGAUAUGAUAAUGCUAACCAGCUGCCACCCAAAACCUCAUCUUCCACGCGAUCUGGCCACUCGAUCGUGCAUCUCCCCGGUCACCACCAUCGACACAAGAACAGCAAUGAAGACGGCCGCUCCCUGAGGCCUGUAGUCAGCCGAGACGACUCGAUAGCGAGCAGUAACACCAUGAAGGAGCGCGGAGGCUCUGUCGCGACAGGCGCGCGACGGGCGCAGAGCCCAACCCCGAGCGCCAACAAUCUUAGGAUGGCGUCUGUGGACGGCUCCGUCUCCCCAGGAGCCAACAACACCAAGCGCGGCCUCUUUGAUCGCCUACGGCGGCACAAACCCACCAAGGAUGAUGCAUCGUCUCGUCUCCGUGACAUGCCGGCAUCAUCGUCGUCACUUGCAUCGACCCUUGUAUCGACUUCCUCUAGACACAACACCUCUGCCGGCCGAGACACCCCCUAUAUGAACAAACCCCUGCCCCCCAUCGACCAGGCACAAGACCAGCGACCGAAUAAUGCACGGCAAGCGACUUUUAACAACAAGUUUCCAUUUGCGAAAAAGGGCCGCGGCCAUAGAUACGAUGAUGAGGAUGAAUACAUUGGCCCCAAGGACCGUCACGAUCCUGGGCGCAUGUUCCACCUCGACACGGACCUCAACAAUAUGGAGGGCAUCUUGUCCCAACCACAGCCAUUGACCCCAAUGGACCCGGCCAUACUUCCGCAGUCAGGGGGAGAUCUUGAAAAGAUUCCAGAGGCAGAAAACUACAACUCUGCCGGCGGCGCAUGGAGUGCCCCUGACAGCUGGGCUGUUCGACGUACGGCAGAAGAGCAGGCUUCCAACACCGACAACCUCGAAGAGUCCGUCAUUGCACCACGGCCAGAAGAAAAGAAGACUGCGCACUGCAUCCGCGUCUUUCGUGCCGACGGUACCUUUGCGACCGUUCAGCUUCCUCUCGAGACGAGCCUCAACGACGUCAUGGCCCAAGUUGUUAAGAAGACGUAUGUGGCAGAUGGUGUUGAAAACUUUCACAUGAUUCUCAAAAAGCAUGACCUUACCCGAGUUUUGACUAUUCAUGAUCGACCCCUACUCAUACAGAAGCGACUACUUCAACAGAUCGGAUACGACGAAGAAAAGGACCGGCUCGAGGAUAUCGGCAGAGAAGACAAUAGUUACAUAUGCCGCUUUCUUUUCCUUUCGGCAAGGGACGCCGACUUUAUCAAUGCGCCAAAUGAACUUGGUUUCAGUAGGACUGCCAAAUACAGCCACGUGGACCUUUCUGGCCGCAACCUCAUAACGAUCCCCAUUAGUCUGUAUUCCAAGGCCAACGACAUAAUCUCUCUCAACCUCUCCCGAAACCUGUCCCUCGACCUGCCAAGAGACUUUAUCCAAGCAUGUCCUCAGCUGAGGGACAUCAAGUUUGCCAACAAUGAGGCUCGCAGGCUUCCCAUCAGCAUUGGCAGGGCCAACCGAUUGACAUAUCUCGACGUAUCCAAUAACCUUUUGGACGAACUAGAACAUGCCGAGCUGGGUGGCCUCGUCGGACUCCUUAGGCUCAACCUCGCCAACAACCGACUAAAGAGCCUGCCGCCGUACUUUGGCGCGUUCAGAUCUCUUCGUUCGCUCAACCUGUCGUCGAAUUACCUCGAUCAAUUUCCUCCCUUUUUGUGCAACCUCGAAGGCCUGGUCGACAUUGACGUGAGCUUCAACUCGAUCGCGGAGCUGCCAGAAGAAAUCGGCAAGAUGCGAACCUUGGAAAAGUUUGUCAUGACCAACAAUAGACUGGCUGGCGCGUUGCCUACAACUUUUAGCAAGCUGUCCAACCUGCGCGAGCUCGACCUCAAGUUCAAUGCCCUCACCGCCAUUGAUGUCAUUGCCGAAUUACCAAAGCUCGAAAUCCUCUCUGCCGAUCACAACAAGAUUUCCCAGUUUAUUGGAACAUUCCAAUGUGUGCGAAGCUUGAAGCUCAACUCGAACCCAAUCACAAAGUUUGAGAUUACUAAACAUCUCCCUACUCUAAAGAUGCUCAACUUGUCCAAUGCGCAAUUGGCAAGUAUCGAUGGGUCAUUCAACAACAUGUCCAACUUGGAAAGGCUCAACUUGGAUAGAAAUUACUUUGUAUCACUACCCAACCAGAUUGGCAACCUCCGGAAAUUGGAGCAUUUCAGCAUUGCCAACAAUUCAGUCGGCGAACUGCCCCCCGAGAUUGGAUGUCUUGGUGAGCUGAGAGUGCUCGACGUCCGGGGAAACAAUAUGAGAAAACUGCCAAUGGAGCUGUGGUGGGCAAACAAGCUGGAAACUUUGAAUGCUUCUUCAAACGUUUUGGACGUGUUUCCCAAGCCCGCAUCCCGUGCGCCUCAGGCACCCGGAGAGACGGGAACACCACCAGCAAAUGGCACCAAGUCAGUGCCUGGUCUCUUGUCCCACGCUUCCAGCACGGAAGAACUCAUGCCCGACGGCUCGAGAAGGCCCAGCCAAGCAUCGAGCACAUUGCUCAGUGUCGGUCCCUCUCCUGUGCCCGGUGGUCCGGAUCGCAAGAGCUCCGUCGUCUCGGUUUAUGGCAAAGGCGGCCGCAAAACUUCAGUCAUGUCGAGAAGUACGGGCGGCAGUACCAAUGGCACCACUGUUGCCCCGUCAAUGACUACUAGGAAAGACUCUGGGCUGUCGGGCAGAUUGACAAACACCUUUGCCGGCUCGCUGCGCAAUCUCUACCUUGCAGACAAUCAGCUUGACGAUGACGCGUUUGACCAAAUCACGCUCUUGGCAGAGCUGCGCGUGCUCAACCUGUCCUACAAUGAUAUCAGCGACAUGCCGCAAAGAUCCAUCAAGAGUUGGCCUCAACUCGUCGAGCUUUACCUGUCUGGAAAUGACCUGACCAGUCUUCCGGUGGACGACCUCGAAGAGUACAGCUUGUUGCAAGUCUUGCACAUUAACGGGAACAAAUUCACCAACCUUCCUGCCGACAUUUCUAGGGCCAAGAAGCUGGCUGUACUCGACUGCGGAAACAACGCUCUCAAGUACAACAUUUCCAACGUUCCCUACGAUUGGAACUGGAACCUCAACCCCCAGCUCCGAUACCUCAACUUGUCUGGCAACAAGCGGCUGGAAAUCAAGCAAGCCGGCUUCAGCUCGGCAUCGCAAAACCGAGAACAGUAUACCGACUUUAGUCGCUUGACGACUCUGCGCGUGCUUGGUCUAAUGGACGUCACGCUCACACAGCCAAGUAUUCCGGACCAGAGUGAAGACCGCCGUGUCAGAACGUCUGGCUCUCUUGCUGGACACUUGCCUUAUGGUAUGGCUGAUACUCUGGGCAAGAAUGAACACUUGUCUACUAUUGAUCUGGUCGUUCCCAGGUUCAAUUCUUCCGACUCGGAGACGCUACUGGGCUUGUUCGAUGGCCAAGCUCUCAGCAGUGGUGGCUCUAAGAUCGCCAAAUAUCUGCAUGAGAACUUUGGGCAUAUUUUUGCCCUCGAGCUCAAAGCUCUCAAGACUCGCCACAACGAAACACCCCAGGACGCUCUUCGCAGGGCCUUUCUCGCUCUCAACAAGGAUCUUGUGACGAUUGCCACUUCGCACGGCGAGGACCGUCCCGUUGGGUCACACCGCGGCUCUCAGACUCCGAUUGUCUUGAGCAAGGAAGAUUUGAACUCUGGUGGUGUUGCCACGGUUGCAUACUUGGAAGGCCAAGAGCUGUACGUGGCCAAUGUUGGCGAUUGUCAAGCCAUGUUGAUCCAAUCCGACGGGUCUCACAAGAUGCUCACUCGAAAGCAUGACCCCGCAGAACCGGCCGAGCGUCAGCGCAUUCGUGAAGCUGGUGGCUGGGUCUCCCGUCAAGGAAAGCUCAAUGAUUUGCUUGAAGUCUCGCGUGCUUUUGGCUAUGUUGAUCUCAUGCCCGCCGUCCAGGCAGCGCCUCAUGUCACUCAAGUUCGCAUUACGCCACAAGACGAGACCAUUCUUAUUGCUACCAAGGACCUAUGGGAGUACCUUACCCCUGGCUUGGUGGUUGACGUGGCCCGAUCGGAACGGGGCGAGCUCAUGCGGGCAUCGUCCAAGCUGCGAGACUUGGCCAUGGCCUAUGGCGCGUCUGGAAAGAUCAUGGUCAUGUUACUGAGCGUAUCUGACUUGAAGCGCCGCCAGGAAAGGUCGGCACGCCUGCAUAGAGGCCAGAGCAUGUCACUGUAUCCUUCUGGUGUUCCCGACUCAUUCCAGUACCCUGCCAAACGCGGCAGAAAGGCCAAGGGCGAAGUGCUGGACUCUACUCUCCAUCGAUUGGAGGCCGAGGUUCCCGCACCCACCGAGAAGCCAUCCAUUGUCUUUACCGAUAUCAAGAACUCGACCAACUUGUGGGAAAUGUACCCAUCUGCCAUGAGAUCCGCCAUCAAAUUGCACAACGAAGUCAUGCGACGACAACUUCGGAGAAUCGGUGGAUACGAGGUCAAGACGGAAGGUGAUGCCUUUAUGGUGUCUUUCCCGACCGCCACCUCGGCCCUGCUUUGGUGUUUUGCCAUUCAAACCGAGCUUCUCAAGGUGGACUGGCCCGCCGAGAUUCUCAACUCGGUCACCUGCCAGGACGUUUUUGACAAGGAAAACAACCUCAUCUUCAAGGGUCUGUCGGUGAGAAUGGGUAUUCAUUAUGGUGAACCCGUCGCCGAGAUUGAUCCCGUCACCCGUCGUAUGGACUACUUUGGUCCCAUGGUCAACAAGGCUUCUCGUAUCUCCGCCGUGGCCGACGGAGGUCAAAUUACCGUGUCGGCAGACUUCAUCUCCGAGAUUCAACGCUGCCUCGAAACCUACCAGGAAGGCGAGCGUAAUGCCUCGCGAGUUUCCGAGGACACAUUCGAUGAAGACAAUGGCGCAACCCAGAUUCGUAGGGAGCUUCGGUCGCUCAGUUCUCAAGGUUUCGAAGUCAAGGAGAUGGGUGAAAAGAAGCUCAAGGGUCUUGAAAAUCCCGAAUACGUCUAUGCCCUGUACCCUCACGCCCUAGCUGGUCGUAUUGACCAUCACAACCAAGACGCUCGUCCUGUAGUCGACCAACCUGCCACACUGCAACCUGGCAGCGAGCUAGGCUUUGAGCCCGAGAUGAUUUGGUCGCUGUGGAAGGUUUCUCUGCGCCUGGAAAUGCUUUGCAGCACACUCGAGGAAGUCUCUGGCAGAGGUCUCCAACCACCAGAGACUGAGCUUUUGGAAAGAAUGAAGCAGCGUGGUGGUGAAGUCACCGAACGGUUCUUGUUCAAUUUCAUGGAACAUCAAGUGAGCCGUAUCGAGACUUGUGUCACCACCCUGAGCAUUCGACAUUUGGCUGCUGGUGGAGGUGAGAUUACCGAACUCGAUGAUCUCAGAGCACCCAUGCCCAUUGUCCUCGACGAUAUUGCCAAGCAACUCAGACUCCUCGAAUUGUACAAGGCCAAGUACGGUCACCUCAACGAAAUCGAAGAGCUCGACGGCAGCGACACGGAAAUGGAGUAG